GUUGGAACCUUUGACCCCUACAGUGAUGACCCGAGGUUGGGUAUUCAAAAGAUAGCGCUUUGCCCUCUUAGUGAGGUCCUAGUAGUUGCUGGCACUGCUGGCCAGGUGAUCACACUACAGAUGGAGAGGGAGGAAAGGGAACAAGAAAUAAAACCAGUCACUGUGAACAUUGUCGGAGAUAGGGACAAUUUUGUAUGGAAGGGUCACGAGGCUGUAACACCAAAGGAAGGGGACGUUAAAUACCCGGCUGGUUACCAGCCCACCUGUAUGAUGCAGCUGUAUCCCCCCGCAGCAUGCACUGCCCUAGCCUUCCAUUCUGAAUGGCAGCUGGUCGGAGCUGGUACUGCUCAUGGUUUUGGGUUGUUAGAUUACGUUCAGAAGAAGGAAGUAACAAAUAGAUGUACAUUAAAUCCACAAGACUUGACAGGGACAUCAGAUACAACAAUGUCACGUAGGAAAUCUUUCAAGAAGUCACUACGUGAAUCGUUCAGAAGGUUAAGACGUCGCCGAUCAGAGAGAAGGGCAAAGGCUAAAGAGGAUGCUUCAAAGGGAGAUAAGAAUAUUGAAGAGAAAACUAGCCCUGAAGCUGGCCCAUCAACAGCAGCUGCGGGUGAGCCACCGGCAUCACCGGCUUUAUCUGAGCCUAAACCAGUGGAGCGUAGCGUAGAAUUCAGGUCUACUGAGGAUUCCAUGGCAUCUAUGGUCAGAUGUCUUUACUUCGCAGACACUUUCAUUGUAAAUGGUCAUUCUCAUAAUCCAUCUUUGUGGGUAGGAACAAAUGGGGGUCAUGUAUUUGUUUAUAAUGUAACAGUCCCGAGUGGUGAGAAACGUAACGAAGACUCUGUAACUUGUAUACUAGCUAAGGAAAUAAAAUUGCGGCACCACGCUCCAGUUAUUUCUAUUGGAGUUGUUGAUGGUAAAUCUAGGAUACUGCCUGAAUCACUGGAAGUGCAACAUGAGCGAGCUAAAGCACCAGAUAUGUCUUCACAUCAUUCCGUUAUCAUCUGUUCAGAGGAGCAACUUAAGAUAUUCACCUUGCCACAAUUGAAAGCUAAAUGGAAGUUUAAGCUAACAGCCGUAGAUGGUUCAAGAAUACGUAAAGUAGCUUUUGUUAACUUCCGCAGCCGGUCAGAUGAAAACUAUUCUGAGAAUGACAUAGCAUGUUUAAGUAACCUUGGUGAACUGAGUGUUUAUUCUGUUUCUACAUUGAGACAACAGAUGCAGGCCUCAGCCAUCAGAAGGGAAGAUAUUAAUGGCAUCACCUCAUUCAUCUUCACAAGAUAUGGCCAGGGUUUCUUCCUCCUAACAUCAUCUGAAUACCAAAGGAUCUCACUGUCCGCACGCACACAGGGAGAGCCAACAUGCACCUUAGAACUUGCAGAAGGUAUGAGGCCCGAGCCUCCUCCAGAACCGGAAACAGAGCCAGAGGCUGGAGCCGAGGGUGGUGAGGAACAACAAGCCAAAGAAGGAGAAGGGGAAGCAACUCAAGGAGAACAGUAUGAUAAUGAAGAUAUAUCAGAGGCACUAAAUGAAACUGUGGAUUCUAUGGCAAACACCACAGUUGAUGCAGAAAUUACUCAAGAUAGUGUUGCAAUAAUUGAUCAUACUGGAGACACGAGUGUCACAAGUAAUGCAUCGGAAACAGUUGUUACCGAGGCAACCACAUCAGAAACUACAACAACAAUUACUUCAAAUACUACGACUGAAGCAACAACUGUAAUCGCACAAGAAGUAACACAAGGGGGAGACGCGCCAGAACAAAACACGUCCGAUGACACUAAAGCUUCCCAGCAGAAAGUUGAGAUUGAGGUAGUGGCAAAGAUAGAGGAAAUUAAGAUCAGUGAAAAAAUAGUUGAAAACAAAGUUGAUGAUGAUGACCCAGCUCUUGAAAAACAGAAGAAUAAUGCAAUGCAAAAUGGUCAUGAUGAGGAGAUAACUGCAGCUUCUUAAAUGUCCUUGACCUCUAAAAUAUCCUUGACCUUUGAAGGGUCACGUGAACUGUUUGGAAGACUCCUGAUUGCUUUGGUGUUUGUGUUCAGAAUUUGUUUCUUUGCAAAGGACUUGCCUUUAGAGCUUUAGAUUAUGUUCUUGACAGUUUCUUUACUAAUGUAACAACUUUUAACCAUGUGGCUUUACAUCUGAUGACAAGUAGCCACAAUUUUGAGACUAACUUAUUAUUUGCUCUCAACAUUACAGGAAUAGUCUUAAAUUUUCAAGGUUUCAUAAUUAGCGAAUGCAUGUUAUACAAAAAAAAUAUGGUCAAUAUGAUUUAUCAAGAUAUUAGUGUAUUGAUUUAAGGUGUAAAGAAAUCCAGUUGUUGUUUUUUUUAUAACAUUCUGAUUGGUGCAUUUUGCUCACUUUCUUUGAAAUUGCCUUACCAUAUUAAUUUUGCUGUUCAAAAAUCAUUAAGACUGAAUUCCAUCUGAACCCAUGAAAUUACUUGUGUUUAUAUAGUCCAGCUACAUUGCUUUUUCAUACAAAAAAAUAUUCUAAGAUUACUUUUCUGCUCUGAGGAAUGUGUUCGUAAUUUGAUAAUAGGCAAUUUUACAUAUUUUUUUACGAUAAAGAAGAUGUCAUAUUGUUAUAUGAUUGGGAACAUGUUUGUUUAUAUGAUUACUGUGUACAUUAUUCCCCCUUUCAGUAUUGUCAUUUUUUUUCUGUUACACUAUAGGUUCAUAACAAUCUGUCCAUUUCUAUUUUUAUGAUAUAUUUAACUUAUCUUGUACAAAAUUUUAGUACGUAAUCAUUUUCAUAUAUUAUUCAUCAUUUACUUCAUUAAAACUAAAUGUUAUUCAUCCUCAUAGUCAAUGCAAUAGUGUUGUAAGAAAAUGUAAUGUAAAUGUCAAGGUCAGAUGUAAAACGUAAUGUGUAUAAUGUUAACAUGUGCAAUGCCAAGUAACCAACCUUCAUCACCAAAACAUGUUGUGUUCUUAAAAGAUUGUUGAUGAUACCGAAAUAUUGUAAAGACUAAACCAUUGAAUUGUUACCAAAUUUUUACAGAUUCAAAUUUGAUUUUUUUAUAUUGAUUGAAACAUGAUUUUGAGGGUAUUUAUGGAAUGAACAAAAUUAUUAUGUUAAUCCUUACAAUGCUUGAAGUGUAACUGCAAAGACUCUGGCACCAGUAUCGACCAAGGUCAGGCUCUGUGUGCGGCGUGCAGUUUGAUCUGGCUCAUUACUGAUUUAGUGAUAGCUCUGUUUCGAUGCACAAUUAUAAGCAUUGCUAUACUGAAAUCCCUUAAACUUGAAAUGGACUGUGCGAAAGUGAGAUCAGGGAAAGUCCAUUACAUAUCAGCAGUGUAAAAAAAGGGAUAAGUCGUUAAAAGGAAGGUGAAAUCUACAAAAUUAUCAUCCCAGUCAUGGAUAUUAUGUCAUCGUAUUAUUUUUAUACUUUUCCUUGAUGGAAUAACAUAUGUAGCCAUUUUAAGUAUACAUGUAAAACAUUAGCAUAAUACAUUCUUGUAUAUGAAUUAAAUAAUCUUAUAUACGAAUAUACAUGAUAUUUGAAUGUGUACACAUUUCUACGCAAUAAGGCCUAAUAAAAAAUUCGUUGUUUUUUUUUUUAUCAUCAUGUUUACAAGUAAUAUAGUGAUUCUGAAUGGUUGUAUUAGAAUAUGUUUAUAUAUUGGUUAUUUCAUCUUAUGUCAUGUAAGUCCCUGUUGUUCAGCAAUUGUUACCACUUUAUUUCAUCUGAAAUUACAAUGAUAGUUUUAUGAUAGUCUUAUAUUAAUUAAAACAUAUUUUUUUUAUAUUUACUCUGUUGUUGUGAAGUAAAUUAACUAUGCUGAACUCGUGUUUUGUUGACAAAUGUUAUUUCUACAAGAAAAAAAAAUGAUUGUGAAUUUUUUCCUUUUAAUAUUUUUUUCGUUAACCUUUGCAUUAUUUGCUGUAUUAAAUUGCACGCAAAAUGUAUAUGUGCCUUUAUUGCUUACUAAGGUGUGAUAAUUGGUAAACGUUUUCCUCUGUAGUCGAUGUUGUAAGUCAUAGAUUUAUACCAGUGAAGCCAACGUCUAAUACUAUCUGAUUUUCAAAUGUACGAAAACUUAAUGUAAAGGAUAUGGCCUAAGUACAAAAUACAUUUGACUUAGAUGUCUAGUCUUGCAUUGAAGUUUCUAUGUGAAAUUUUGCAUACAAUGAAAAGGGAGGUCAUACGCUAGAAGGAUUCUAAUAUAUAGAUGAAUGAUAUCAUCAUUGUACAGUGCUUGAUAUCAUAAUAUAGUGCUUGAUAUCAUCAUAGUACUAUACUUGAUAUCAUUGUACUAUGCUUGAUUUCAUAAUUUAAUGCUUGAUAACAUCUUUGUACAAUGCUUGAUAUCAUAAUUUAAUGCUUGAUAUCAUCAUAGUACAAUGCUUGAUAUCACAAUAUAAUGCUUGAUAUCAUCAUAGCACUAUACUUGAUAUUGUUGCACAAUACUUGAUAUCAUCAUAUUAGAAUGCUUCAUAUCGUAGUACAAUGCUUGAUAUCAUCAUAGUACAAUGCUUGAUGUUACAGAAUUCAAACCUAUUUUAUUAGAAAAUAUUUAAACGUGCAAAAAUAUAUUUUUACAAAACAUUAAUUUACACUAGUACUUAACCCCUCAUUUCUCUGAAUACAUGAAUCGUACAUUAUGUAGAGCAUUUAUGAUUUUUAUUUACUUCAUUUAUUUUUUUGUAAAGCUUUUGUGAGAGAUGGUUCAGUGUAUUAUAUGGUGGAAGUAAUCUAUGAAUAAAAACAAUAAAAACAAAACAA